AUGAAGAUCUUAGCUAUCCUCUACAAGGGCGGUAAUGCUGCUACGAGCGAGCCCCGUCUCCUUGGUACUGUGGAGAACCAGCUCGGUAUCCGCAAGUGGCUUGAGUCACAAGGCCACGAGUACAUUGUCUCGGAAUCAAAAGAGGGCCCUGACAGCGACUUCCAGAAGCAUAUCGUUGAUGCUGAGAUCUUGAUCACGACUCCAUUCCACCCCGGGUACCUCACUGGUGACUUGAUCGCAAAGGCCAAGAACCUUAAGCUCUGUGUCACCGCUGGUGUUGGCUCUGACCACAUCGACCUCAACACCGCUGUCAAACAUGGUAUUCAGGUCUUGGAGGUCUCAGGAUCCAAUGUCGUCUCCGUCGCUGAGCACGUUGUGAUGUCUAUCCUCCUCCUCGUCAGGAACUUUGUUCCAGCACACGAGAUGAUCGAGCGUGGAGACUGGAUGGUCUCUGACAUUGCUCGCAAUGCCUUCGAUCUCGAGGGCAAGGUCGUUGGCACCAUUGGUGCUGGUCGUAUCGGUUACCGUGUCCUCCAGCGUCUGCUGCCUUUCGACUGCAAGGAACUCAUCUACUACGACUACGCUCCCCUGCCUGAAGCUGCUGGUAAGGCCGUCAACGCUCGUCGCGUCGAGGACCUCAAGGACUUCGUCUCGCAGUGCGACGUCGUCACUGUCAACUGCCCUCUGCACGAGGGUACACUCGGCCUCGUAAACGCUGACCUUCUCAAACACUUCAAGAAGGGUGCAUGGCUCGUUAACACCGCUCGUGGUGCUAUCUGUGACAAGGACGCCGUAGCUGCUGCCCUUGCAAGUGGUCACUUGAACGGUUAUGCCGGUGAUGUCUGGAACGUCCAGCCCGCACCCAAAGACCACAUCUUGCGCACGGCUAAGAACACCCUUGGCGGCGGUAACGGCAUGGUACCCCAUUACUCUGGCACCACCCUCGAUGCUCAGGCUCGUUAUGCAAGCGGCACCAAGAGCAUCAUUGAGAACUACCUCUCUGGCAAGGCCCAGGAGCCUCAAAACAUCAUCGUCGGUAUCGGCAAGUACGAGAGCAAGGCUUACGGUCAGCGUUGA